AUGAUAGAACAGGAGAAAAUUGACGCCACGCUGUCCGAGAAAGUCGUACCGCAACGGCCAUUUGGGACAGCUGCCGAGCGAGCACGGCGCAGUAUCAAUGCGAAACUCUCCAAUCCGUUGGCUGGGCUCAGCCAUACCGAGCUACGAAAUCAGGGGCGCACGUUUGCUGAACUUCACGAGAUGGGCGAUGAGUCCGAUAUCCGUGCUUUCGAGCUGGGUGCUGUGCUGGCACAGUCUCCCGAACGAUAUGCGAAUGUCGCCGGUCUAACAAACCAGGAGAAGAGAGUACUGGGCCAGGAGUUCACCCAUCGCUGGUCACAGCCAUGGAAGAUGUAUGUGGCUAUUACAUUGUGUUCUUUAUCCGCUAUAGUUCAGGGAAUGGACCAAAGAGUUGUCAACGGAGCCCAAAUAUUCUACAAACACCAAUUCGGCAUCGGCGAUGAAUCCUCUCGGAGUGCCUGGCUCGUCGGUCUAGUGAACUCAGCCCCAUACCUCUGCUGCGCCUUCAUCAGCUCCUGGCUGACAGUCCCAUUCAACCACUGGUUCGGACGCCGCGGCACAAUUUUCAUAGCAUGCUGCUUGUCUGCAAUAACCUGUCUCUGGCAGGGAUUUGUCUCAACCUGGUGGGCGAUGCUUCGGGAUUGGCCCAAAUCAGCGACUGUGCCGAUAUACGCGGCCGAAACGGCGCCGCCGUCCAUCCGUGGUGCAUUGGUCAUGCAGUGGCAUGUGUGGACGGCGUUCGGGAUUAUGGUCGGCUAUGCGUCAGACCUCAUCUUCUACAAGGUCGACUCGACUGUCAUCGUCGGCCUGAAUUGGCGCUGUAUGAUGGCCUCGGCGAUGUUCCCGGCUCUGGUCGUUUGCUGUUUUGUCUUUGCUUGUCCUGAGUCGCCGCAUUGGUACAUGCGCCAGAAGCAGUAUUACCGUGCUUACAGGUCCAUCUGUACGCUGCGAAAUCAUAAAAUCCAAGCAGCUCGUGACCUGUACUACAUGCAUACCCUGCUGGAGGCUGAGAAUAGUAUGAAGCUUGGGCGUAACAAGAUGCUGGAACUGGUUAAAGUUCCGCGAAAUCGGCGAGCGAUGUUGGCGCCUCAGAUUGUCAUGUUUAUGCAGCAGUUCUGUGGUGUGAAUGUUAUUUCAUACUAUUCUUCCGAGAUAUUUAUCGAGGCCAAAUUCUCCCCACCGGCUGCUUUAGCCGCCUCAUUAGGCUGGGGCCUAAUCAACUGGCUCCUAUCCAUACCGGCAAUCUACACAAUUGACACAUUCGGCCGACGCAACCUCCUGUUACUUACUUUCCCACUCAUGGCCAUGGCCAUGUUAUUCACAGGGUUCAGUUUCUGGAUCCCAGAGAGCAGCCACAAUGCACGUCUCACCUGCAUCGCUUUAGGGACAUAUCUUUUCGGCGUGGUCUAUUCACCGGGCGAGGGACCCGUACCAUUCACAUACACAGCCGAAGUAUACCCGCUAUAUGUCCGAUCAUACGGGAUGGCGCUAGGCACGGCAACGAUGUGGUUCUGUAAUUUCAUCCUGGGCGUGACGUGGCCGUCUCUGCGCGCCGCAUUCACAACACAGGGAGCAUUUGCUUGGCACGCAAGCUGGUGUUUGGUUGGAUGGUGGAUGGUACUCUUGUUCAUGCCUGAGACGAAGGCGAAGGCGCUUGAGGAGUUGGAUCAGGUCUUUUCUGUGCCCACAAGGUUCCAUGCGCGGUAUGGGUUGAGGCAAAUUGGGUAUUUCUUCAAACGAUAUUUGUUAAGAAGGGUUAUUAGACCGGAGGUUCUUUAUGAGAGGGAGGAAUUGGUCAAGGCUCAGGAUGUGGGAUUUAAUGCUUGA